UCUCUAUUUCAGUACACGGGGCGCGUUCCGACGAAGUGGUUGUGUACGUUCAGUGUUGAAAAAGCUCGCGCUCUUGGAGGAGACCAAACAUCAAUAAAUAUCGAUCGAGGAAAUCACGUAACUGGAAGCUGACAAAGGGAUCACUUUCGAUUCAGUGUUUCCUUGUUGAUUCAACGAUUUUUUAGCGAUCCACGGAUAUACGAGGACUUAAGGACAUUUCCCUUGGGACAAGCAAGUGGUCGAAGCGUGCAUGCUGAAGCGACCGCCGUUUAGUGACCCACCCCCGAUCGGCUGGGAAGUCCUUAUGGUAGCUGAAGGGCGCGGACGAUCCUUCCCCAGCGAGAUCCAAGGGCUGAAAGGUUGGCCCCGCCGUUGGAGUCACUCGGCCAACACCUACAUUUAGAAGAACCAUGACCGAUCGAAACGAGAACGUCUUAUGCGAUCAAGGAGAUGAAUCGAGCGGGCAAUCCGUCCCGUACAAGCCGCCGUGCAACUGGAACAACAACAACCUCUGCAGCAACGGUUCCGUGAACACGCUGAAAAGGAACGGGAUAAGCUUGUCGAAGGAUCAGAACCACUACCAAAGACCUUACUACAAAACAGACCAAAGCAAUUCGAACCACCGGCAACACAGAAAAGCGCCGAUAGUCGGCUGGCAAAAUGGCAGUCCGACCGUAUUCCCGAGCACACCGUGUCACACCCCGGAUCCGGAUUCUCUGGAUGCGAUCGAUCUAUCACGGUCGCAGAGCGUCGCUUCUUCCACGAGGAGCUCCGAGAUCUGUCAGGAUUCUGGGAACACCGAAGACCUCAGCAGUCUCGCCGGCGAGAGGCUUCUGCCAUCCACCCCCGCCCGCACCAUAGACAGAAGCGUCGAGUCCUUAUCACCGGACAAGGACACCUUCCUGACAGCCUCGCUAGAGCUGGGCAGAGAACUAAGCAAGAACCUCAGCCUGGUCGACGAUCUACAAGACAAAAUCGAUCUGCUCAGCCCGGGUACCGACUGCACCGAGGACAGGAUACCACCCACGCCCAUCGAUCGCAGUUACCUAACGUCGCCGAAUCUCACCUUAGGCCCCAGUCCUACAAACAAAAGCGUGCCGAACUCGUUCGACACCAGUCCGCUCGAGAAAGAGGAUUUCAGCCAUGAGGAUGACUACAAUAAGAAGUUCGCCGACUCGAAAGCUAUCAUCACGGCUAAUCCUGGCUACCGCGACGACGACACUCGAGACUCCAUUGACUCGGACAGCGUCCUGGACUUGGAGGACGAAGAGAUUGGCAAGACCAAGCAGAGCAAGCCGAAAGUACCUGACGGCGGAUGGGGCUGGGUGGUUGUAUUAGCAUCAUUGGUCAUCUCUAUGAUCGCCGACGGAGUAUCCUUCAGCUUUGGGUUACUGUACAUCGAGUUCCUGCAGGAGUUCGGCGCAUCCAAGUCGAAGACGGCUUGGAUCGGGUCGUUGUUCAUGGCGGUGCCGUUGCUGUCCGGGCCCAUUAUGUCCGCUCUGGUGGAUCGUUAUGGCUGCCGAAGUAUGACCAUUCUAGGCGGCCUGAUCUCCGGGCUUGGUUUCGUGCUGAGCUGCUUCAGCAACACCAUCGAGGUAAUGUACUUGACUUUUGGAGUCAUCGCGGGUCUCGGUUUGGGUUUGUGCUACGUCACUGCGGUCGUGAGCAUCGCUUAUUGGUUCGACAAGAAGCGAACCCUAGCUGUAGGUCUCGGUGCCUGCGGCACUGGUAUCGGUACCUUCGUGUACGCCCCGAUGACUACGUUUUUCAUCGACGAGUACGGAUGGCGGGGCACCUGUCUGCUACUGGCGGGUACCUUUUUCAAUAUGAUCGUCUGCGGCACGGUCAUGCGAGAUCCCGAGUGGUGGAUUGUGGAGCAGCAGAAGCAGAAUGGUAACACCCCGAAAAAAUCGGUAACCAAGUCCGAGUGCGAUAGGUCCACCGGCAGUGUCGCCGAUGAGUUCCCUGGGAUCGAGGAGCUUAGGAAGAUGUUGAAGAGCGGUCAUGCGCCCGAGUAUUUGUUGCAGAUACUCAGUACCACCACCGAGGACCCGCACGCGGAUAACGGGGAUUUUAGGUUCAGAAGCGUCGUUAAUCUUCCGACUUUUGUCAGGCAUAACGAGAAGGUGCCAAUGGAGGUAUUAGAACUGUUGGCCAGUAACCCAAGACUGUACAACGUCAUUCUGGAGAACUACCCUAAUCUUCUAUCCUGUCGAAGUUGUUCGGAUAAAAAGCUACACGAAUCCGCUGGAGAAGUUGCCAAGAAAAGCGUCGUCACAAUGUCUAUGAGGAUCAAACAAGCGAGCGAUGAACCGAAAUGCGAUGAUACAAAUGCAGCAAAUCAUGUUCAGAUAGGGCCUGUAUCCGGUUCUGUAAAAAAUCAUGUAACUAAGAAGAUAUCCAAGAAAGAAUCUGAAGAGGCCAAUCCUUUGUUGACCAAAGAAAUUGAAAAUGUAGGGACCGAAGCACGAAAGGUAAAAUCAAUUUCCAAACAACGCUUAGGAGAUCUGAAUUGCGGCGUUGUCCGAACGGACUCUCUACCGUGGCUGAGAAGGCAAUUCAACACAAAUACUCACUACUUCAAGGAUAUCAGGGUUCACAGGAACUCUGUUAUGUAUCGCGGUGCUGCCUUAAAUUUGCACAAGUACAGAUUAAGAGCCAGUAGCUGUCCAGAUAUUUAUAGAAACAGCAUGACUACAUUGGCAAAAGAGAACGAGGAGAAGUGGUACGGCGAAUUGUUAGAUUUACUAAAGGGCAUGAUGGACUUCUCUAUGUUCCUGGAGCUACACUUUUUAUUACUAUCACUGUCAACGAUCUUGUUGUUCACUUGGUUUAUCGUGCCUUACUUCUACCUUGCCGAGCAUCUUACUAGGAACAGUUACUCCGAACCUGACGCUGCAAAUCUCCUUAGUAUUAUUGGCAUCACCAAUACGAUUGGAAUGAUUGGUCUCGGCUGGGCUGGAGAUCAACCUUGGAUGAACGUUAGCAAGACGUACACCUGGUGUCUGGUUGCCUGCGGUAUAGCGACAACCCUAAUGUCAAUACUAACUCCUUACUACAACCUGUUGAUGGUCACCUCGGCAGCGUUCGGCCUAUUCUUCGCGAGUAGCUUUAGCUUCACUCCGGUGAUACUCGUGGAAUUGAUACCUUUGGAGAGAUUUACAACCGCUUACGGGCUUAGCCUGCUUUGUCAAGGUAUAGGGAAUCUUCUUGGCCCGCCACUGGCUGGUUGGAUAUUCGAUGUGACGGAUUCAUGGGAUAUGUCUUUCCACAUGGCCGGUGGUGGGAUCAUCGUCUCUGGGCUUCUGGUAGGGCUAAUCCCCUACACGAAGAACCGAAAAAUCUGGGGCAAAGGUCCAAUUGAAAUGGAACGUGAGAAAGACUGUUUAGCAUAGAUUGACUACUAGCAGUACCCUAACAAUGUUAACAUUUAAGCAACCGAGGGAUUCGCCUGAUUAAUCCUCCGUCUACAACUCUGUUUUCACCGACGCCUGCAUACUGGGUUACUAGUAUGUUUUUAUGUUUUAAAGAAUUCCCAAAAAUUCUUGAAUACUCUUUCAUAUGUUCCUAGAAUAUCAUCCAUUUAUUCUAAAAAAUCUAAACAGUGAGAAAUGAUUUGAAGAUUUACAAAUGAAUGCUAUAUAAAAUUUUAGGUCGGAAAACUUUUCAUUACAAAAUCGAACUAAAGUCAUAAUAAUUUGAAGUGUUUUAAUGUUGUUUGUUCAUGUUAACUGAUAACAAUAAAUUAUCUUUAUUGCGUACAAUAAUUAUAGAACUAUGUGCGAUAUUUAUCAUAAUAGUUUUCUUCCUGUAUUUGUUUAUGUAAUUUAUUUAUGUUAAAAAACGAAGUCUCUCUUUUUUUUAACAUUUUCGUAUAUUGGAGUAACUAUAAAAAUAAAAACAGAAUUGAAAACAGCCCAGUUUGCAGGUGAGGGGUUAAAUCUAGUUUAGCGAAUCUUUUUAAUAACAAGUCGUUUAUUGUGACGACACAAUUAGUGAUAAUUAGAAACAUUUAUAGGUAUAUUAAUCAAAUUUAUUAUUUAUACGCUUGAAAUGUGUUGUAAUGAUCGACAUUUUUAGUCAUUUUCUGUAGAUACAGUGCAUCACGAAAGUAUUUGAAUGCCCUCUAAAACGAAAAACUAUUUUGUAAGUUGGAGCAAACAGAUUAAAUUUUUUGAAGAUGA